AGAAGUAAAUAGAAAAAAAACAAUAUAAUUUCUAAUGUUAUCAAUUUUAAUUGUAAUUAGCUUUACUAUUUUUAAUAUGAUCAUUAGUAUUUAAAACAAAAAGUGCAAGUCAACAGGGAAGCAGGUGAACAAAAAAUCAAUAGUUAAUUUUAGACAUCAGACACAAAUAAUUCCAACAGACAACACGACUAUGUUCCCAUUGAAAAUACCAGAAAAUAAAAUAACAUUAAGUAGCAUGGAACCAAAUAGUGUCACAAAUGCAGAUGGAACAUCGGCCAUUAAGAGAUAUAGACAUGCGGGAGAUUUAACUGGGGAACCACCGACUAGAGAGUUUGCUGAAGUAUCCAUUCCUGUACCUUGGGGUCAUUUGGCUGGCAAAUGGUAUGGUCCACAAAACGUUCAACCCAUUUUGGGAUUACAUGGUUGGCAAGAUAAUGCGGGCACAUUUGAUAUGUUAGUACCUUUGCUACCGCCAGAUGUGGCUUUUCUUUCGGUUGAUUUGCCCGGUCAUGGUUUAUCGUCUAGACUACCAGAUGGUUGCUACUACAACACCAUCGAUAAUCUCUACGUGAUACGUGUGAUAAUGAAACAAUACAAAUGGGAAAAGUUAUCGCUGAUUGGCCAUUCUAUGUCAUCGAUUAUUGGUUUUGUAUUUGCCGCUGUUUUUCCCGACAAAGUUGACAUGUUCAUUGGUAUCGACGCCUUAAAGCCACAUCAACGUCCCUUUCCCAGUGUUAUACGCACCAUGGAAACACGUAUGGAUGAAUUUUUACGUGAAGAUGAACGUAACCGCAAUAAAAAUGAACCACCCAGUUACACAUACGACGAGCUUAUAGAGCGUAUUUAUGUGGGUACAUUCCAUUCGGUCAACAAAGAUCUUUGCAAACACAUGUUGGCCCGUAACAUACAAAAAUCGGAAAAAUAUCCCGACAAGUAUUUCUUUACUCGUGAUAGACGUCUGAAGUUUUACAAUUAUGCGGUUGGCUCUCAGGAAUUGUGCGUGGAAAUGGCCAAGCGUAUAACAUGUCCAUAUAUGUUUAUUAAAGCCCGCAAUUCCUCAUAUUUUGAGGACAAAAAGUAUUAUGAUGAAGUUUUAGAUGUGCUUAAAACAAAACCAAAUUUUGAGUAUUUUGAAUGUGAUGGCGCCCAUCAUUUGCACAUGAAUAAUCCACAGUCGAUUAUGGGACCAGUUGUCGAUUUCAUAAAUCGUUUUGGACCAGCAGCUAGAGCAAAACAGGCCAAAAUCGCCAAAGAGAAGGCUAAGGCGGAUAAAGAAAGUAAACUGUAAAUAUGAUUGGGAAGAGAAAUCUUCUACUCGGGGAGAAUAUACUUAAUAUUCCACUAAGAAAAUGUUAUCACAAUCUUAAUAAAUGUAUGUAUGUAUUUUAUAAUUUUAUUAUUUUCUUAGUUUUAAGAAGAUUUUUUUAUGAGAAUAUUAAAUAAAUAUUUUUUUUAAAAUACACA